AUGUCUACAAGUUCAAAAGUCGUCCUUGCGACCGGCGCCUCAUCGGGUCUGAAUGGCGACAACCAGCGCAACCCACUACCCACUACCCUUCAGACCUUGAUCACGUACUCUCUUCCGCCCAGCACGAGAUUGAAACCAGAACCUCCUAACAAUCUCUCCCUCAACCCUUCACAGGGCUUCGAAUCCGUCAAACAACUUCUCCUCGACAACCCCGAGCCCUACACAUUUAUCCUCGGAGCUCGCGAUGUCAAGCGUACCCAGGCCGCCUUCGACGCUCUCAACUUUGACACGGCCAAGAACCAAGUUCACAUUUUCCCCUUGGACCUGAAGGACCUGCGUAGUGUCCAGGUCUUUGCACAGAAAGCACUCGAGCAAUUGGGUCAAAAGACGCUUGAUUUCCUCUUCUUGGCUGCGGGUGCGCUGGACGAGGCCAAGGGUCCGGCGUCGCAUGGAUCGCAGUGGUGUGAUGGUUUGAUGGUGAAUCAUCUUUCCCAGCAUUACCUCAUCCAUUUAAUCCGCGAAACGCUCUUGGCCUCCAAGACUCGCGUGGUCUUUGUUUCCUCCGGUGCAAUUCGCAAUGUGCGCGACCAGGAUCCAAAGACUCUCGACGUCGAUCUGAAAGCCAACUCCGACGCCGGAAAGUUCCCCGUCUACUGCGGUUCCAAGUUUGUCCAGUUGCUCGGUGCGCACUACUGGCGCCGACACUUGCCCGGAUGCACCAUCGUGGCCGUUUCGCCGGGUCUGGUGCCCGAUACGAAUCUUGCCACCGGUAUGGCGUUGUCGAUGAGUAUGGCGGAUGCGAAGACUGUUCCUGAAGGAGCCAAGAGUCUUCUGGAGGCAUUCACUCGCAACGAUAUCCCCGCUGACCCGGAGCAAAUCUUCCUCACCAGCUGGGGCGAGUGGUGGGCCAAGGAUGUGUAUGCGAUGAGCCUGGAUACUGAGCUCCAGGACAAGUGGUGUUGGAGCCGAGAGGAGAUUGAAAAGGCUGAGGGUCUGGCCGCCCAGUCUUAA